UACGACACACUUCCUCAUUACUGGUGGCGUUUCUUACGGAUCGUAUAAAAUGUUCCCACUUCUUUUUGAGUCUUCAUUUUAUUUGCUACUUUGGUCAUGUGCUAGCAUCAGCUCCAUUUAUAAACAAAUCUCAAAGUAGAUAUUUCUAAUUUGUUGAUUAAUUCAUUAAAAAAACAAAGACGAUAUGAAGUGGGCAGUGCUUUGUGCGGUUUUUGCUGUUUCUUUUGCUGUUAUAGCUGCAGGACCGGUGGUGGAUGAACAUCAAACUGCCCAUGUGAAUUCCGUCCACUCAAAUGAGCCAACCAUUGAAGAAUCCCUGUUAAAGAAACUGAACAGCAAAUGUGCAAAUCACGACAUUUCCUCCUGCAUGAUGCUGAAGCUGGUGACUUAUUUCAACCGAAUGUUGAAGAAGUCGCAGAUUGAGCUUGGCGAUGUGGAAAUCACGCAAUCUUCUACCGAAGCCCCCACAGUGGAAACUUCGCGAAGUCUGAAAGAUGUAGAGAAAAUGUCUGAAGAGGCUCAACUAAGCCAAGUGAUUGGGGACAAGUUGUACAAUUUUGUACGCACUAGAUCCAUGAAAUGGCAUGUGACUGAUGGAGCUGAUGUGGUAAUUUCGGGAGGAAGCGACAAAGACGGAGGACUAAACUUGGGCUUUUCGUUGCGUCCAGUUGAAGGUGCCACUGAAGAAGGGCGUAAGAAGAAGGACCAGGGAGGCAACAUGAAUGCAAUAAUUGCUGCCGUCGUUAUGAAAAUUGGUCUUCUCAAAGCUCUGGCUUUCAAGGCUCUGGUUAUACUGGUUGGAAAGGCGCUGUUAGUAAGCAAGCUUGCUCUAGUUCUGGCUGCCAUUAUUGGUCUAAAGAAGCUGCUGAGCCAAGAGAAACACGUAACUUACGAAGUGGUGGCUCAGCCUCACCAUGAUCACCAUGAUCACCAUGAGCACCAUGUGAGUGGUGGCGGUCAUGACAGCUAUGGAGGCGGUGGUGGAUGGGGAAGAACCUUCGAUGCGAAGAAUGCCCAAAACUUGGCCUACAGUGCUCACGUACCUGCUAAUUAGAUGAUUAUUUUUCAUGUUUAUCAGCAGCAUUCGUGCUGUCUUAAAGUCUCGUUACCACCACAUUGGUGUCCUGUGUGUUAUUUAAUUUAUUUUAUUUAUUGUUGAUGUGAAUUUUACGUUAAUUGUUCCAAUAAACUGUUUACCGAA